AUUCUGAUAGAAUCCUGGAGCCUGAUGCCUAAACUGAUCAGAAGUAACCUGAGAAGAAACUCGAUACUCCUCCGGUGGCUGUUUCUUCAAUUGAUCGUGCGGAGACUUCGGAAGACAACCCUCAAACGGAUUCUUCUUUGGAUAUGUAGGCUCCCAAUGCUCCUGCAGUGGGUUCUGUUUCAACGGAUGGCUUUGACAAGCCUGCGAGGGAGCACCCUCAAACGGAUCCUUAUGGAGAUUUUGGUACUCCACCUGCUGAUUUUCCUGCAUCAUCGUGAGAGAAUUCAUACGAGAAUGCUGUUGAGGCUGCUGCCGCAUAUUCUGAGGAUUUCCAUGAUACGCUACGUGGAGAGACAAAGACAGGGAGAGUGAAAGAGUGAGAAAGUUAUUGAAAGUUUGAGGGGCAACCAUCGGUGAUGUGGGACACAUCCCGCAACGGGCAAUGCAACAACCCCAACGUUUCAUACCGUCUGUAUCUGAUCUAUAUGGGACGGACGAGAUAGAACUGCUGCUGGACGAGAUACGUGAGCUGGAGCUGGAGCCGGUCUGCUGUCAGCUGGACGAUGAGCAGGACUUUGAAAUAGCUGGCAGCAGGGCCGGCGAGCUCUCGCUAUCCCUCGAAUCACCGCUGGGCACAUGCACCUCAUGGGAUUCGCAUGCCAACUACAAGCAACGCAGCGGCGCCACACCGCUGCCAUGGGGCGUUGCCCUACACUGUGAUCCGCAACAUUUGAAAACGCCUACAGGGAUUGUGCGCAUACUAUUGGUGUUAUCCUCGGCCGCCUGCCUGGCCUGCGAAUGUUCAGCGGGCACGGUACAGGUGGGCCUCUUUCUACUGCCACUCAUCGGACGCCUGAGACUGAUGGUCUUCUGUGCGCUCUUCUCGCUACUCAUCACAUGUCUCAUGAUCUUUCUGGAUAUAUCGCAUAUAGCGCUCAUGUUUCCAUUCAAUUGGACUAAAGUGAAUACGUGGAUGUACCUGAGUAUUGGUUUGAUAUUUAUUUUGAGCUCCACAUUGCUUGUCCACAUGGUGCUCUGUGCCACGGAAUACACAUGGGUAUCAAAGCAUUCCAGGGACACACUAUUAGCCACAGGCAUUAUUGGAUAUGUGUGCGCCUCGGAGGCAUUUCUUUUAUCGGGCAUCGCAUCCUGGCCAUGGACUCAGUAUCGUCAGGUGCCCGACGAUGCCAGCGAAUUGUUUAUCGAGGAUCGCGAAAUGACACCGAUGAGUCCCAUUAUUUGUAGCACCGAGCUGCAUGCGACGCCAUAUCAUAAUGGCAAUGCAGCCAGCGGUGGGGAACUAUAUAACCAACAACAACAAACACAACAACAACAAUCGUCCUAUAAUCAAAAGCCUUAUAUACCUGCCAAACGACCCAAUGAGCUCAACAAUCAGCGUCCAGCAUUGGGUCACACACAAACCGCACGGACAAAACCCAAUCAACGUUAUCGUGAGGGCUACCACUAUCACACAUCCCGCCAGAGUCCCACAUUCGUGUUAGGCGAUGAUCAGGGUGCCGGUCCAUCCACGUCCCGUUCCAAUGAUAAUUCUAGUGCGUGA